AUGAACCGGAGGAGGUUGUCUAUUCGCGAUCAGAAAGCGCCGCAAGGCCCACGACCGCAGGAUCCUUCACGAACAAGCAAUACACCCGGCUCGUUCUUCCACUCCGGAAACUCUUCGAUCGAUUCCACAAAUGACUCAACGCAGAGCAACAAUUCCCGCAUUAGCCUACGAUCUACCAGUGUCGGAAAUUUAGCGAAGCCAGACUACAAUCAGAUGCCCUCCCAAAGUACCGAGUUCCUUCCCUCGGUCAACUUCGAUGACAUGCAGAAUAGUAUUGUGGGAGAAUCGCAGCUGAAGUACUUCCCCGUGCCUAGAAACACUGGUUCGGGGUAUGAGCCCGGUUGGACGAAUGGCAGUACCAAUGGGGAGGGUACACGCUCCAGGAGCAAUUCUAUCCGGCGGAAAAGCGUGGUUAAUUCGUCCAGCGAAUCGGUAUCAUCUCGUCCAUCAGCGACUUCUACUACGACAGGUCGUAAUCGUCGCCAAAGCCUCGCUCAACAAGCGGGCCCGAAUGGUACAGCUUCGCGUGCCCCGAGAAAGUCCAUAGGCCCGGUCUCAUUGCCAUCCACCGUGACCGGGAGACGACAGAGCCUGUCUGCGAGGAAAGCGAGCGCGGAUACCACUCGUACAGAGCAGACCAGCUAUCUCCGUCCCCGCACGCAGCAAUUCGAUCUCAGUCGAACCGAAGGUACGAAGCUUUCCAGCAACGCGCGGAGCAUCAAGGCAAAGUCGCUUCAGCCACCGUUGCGAGAGCCCCACGAGAAAUACUUGACAGCGUCUGGCCCAGCAGAAUAUUCUCGGUCAUCAUCGACUAAUGCAGUUCGAACACCAGUUAAAACCGCGGCAGCCGCUCCCAAUACUCCAGCCUCGUCCUGCAAAAGAGUCUCGGUCAUGCCGCCACAUGUACAUGGUCUUGGAGCCCGUACCAUAAGCCCUACCGAUGCGCGUCGGGCUAAACGUAUGUCAACAGCUCCUUCGGCGCACCCUACGCCCUUUACCCCUCCGACCCAAACAGAGCCUAUGCCUGUCCGACCUCGCUCGUCCGCGCAAUCGCCGUCGCAUAUACCUCGAAAGAGCGUCACUCCGUCCUCAAACCGAACCACCCCUGACCCGAAUCGCAAGUCGUACAGUUCUGGCCUGUCGCUCUCAUCAACCACAACCUACAAUUCCGUAAGAAAUUCAGCUGGCUCAUUGCAAAACCGCCUAUCUCACAGCUCGUCGACAUCCCGAUUACCUACUCCCAAGACCCGCUCCGAACCGAACCCGCCUGAUGAGGAGGUCCCACCUGUUCCUGCGAUCCCGAAAGCCUAUGAAUCCCCUAAGGGUGAUUUUGAGCCGCCGAAUUAUGUCACUCCGCGCAAGCCAAGCUUAAACAUGGAAACAGGUUCCAAACCCAAAUUCGAGUCAGAACCGGAUAACAACCUGACCGCGACUAUUUCAACGGAGGAGGGCCCCCCCAAGACAAGAGAAGGACGCGCGAUGAAGACUCCUGAAGCCAAGCCUAGAACCUCCGCGCUUCUUGGGAAAAGGAAUCUUCAACCUCUCAAACUACCACCUUUGAAUCUGCUUCCCCUUGGCACACCAAUGACAACCAAGAUCGAGGCAUUGAGAGAUCGUGAAGAUGAUCUGACAGUUCACACGCCAUCCGCUCAGAUCGCAUCCAAGACACCGAGUACUCCCCUGACUGCCUCGAAGGCCAACUUUUUCUCGACAGUUGAGGAUGAUGAUCUUUUGGCAGUUACACAAGCGAGAAGCAGCACUUCACAUUUCGCGCUGAGUACUUCAUCAACUGCCUCAGCCUUGCGAACUGUCAGCGGCUCCAGUGCUCUUGCAGGGUUCGACAACACGCCGACUAAUGCAAGGACGGUGUCGCCUUAUGUUGCAUAUAGCCUUCCGAAAAGCAACAGUGAACAUACGAACUUGAAGCAGAAAGUCAGUGACGACUACUCGCCCAAAGCGAUUCAGUCGUACAAAAUGACUGGUCCUCGACCUCAAACACAGUCUUCUGCUUUCUCAUCGAACGCCGAGACGAUCAGUCAGCUCUCAACGCCCUCCGACCCGGACAACAACAGUAUAUCGAGCUCAUCCCUUCGCAACAAGAUCACAAUGACCCGGAAGCGAAGCAGCUCUAAGACUCAGACAGGAGUUGAAGCCAGCAGCGAUCCCGUCAAACAUGACCCAAUGCCACCCCCGAAGAUUCCCACUUCCUCGACUUGGAACAACCUCACCAGUAUCAAGACUUCCAGCCCCACGCUUAAACCGAGCUAUCUCAAGUCCCGACGGCAAGCAUCUGUCUCGAAAGCCUCUGGCCAGACACUGAGGAAGCCUAGCUUCAGCAGUGAGCAGAGUCUUGCCUUGGAACCGAGCCCAUCCAAUGACUCCAAUGACAGUGACCCUCCCGUUCCUCAGCAUCGGACUGCAAGCUCAAUCUUUUCGCCGGUUCACAGAAUUAUCAGUUCGGCUAAGUCCAGCGUGGCUUCUACUCCAGCUCCCCCGCCUACCAGCGAUCCCAACGUUGAUCCCGAUAUUCGUGUUGCUGACGAAGAGAUGCGCAGACUUGGCAGUAAACGCAAAGACUUUGAGACGGCCGCCAAGAAUCUGGAUGAUCUGCGUCGCAAAGCUAGUCCCAAGGAGCGUGUGAGCCCAGCGCAGGCCCUAAGGAUCGCAAACUUGAAUAUCUUCGAGCGAGGAGAGAUCAUCGACUUUAAAGAUAUCUAUUUCUGUGGCACCCAGAAUGCCAAGAAACACGUUGGUGAUUUAUCCGUCCAAGCGAAUUUUGGCUACGACGACGACCGCGGCGACUACAAUAUCGUCAUCGGGGAUCAUCUGGCAUACCGCUAUGAAGUGAUCGAUGUUCUCGGUAAAGGAAGCUUUGGUCAGGUAGUGCGAUGCAUUGACCACAAAAUGGGAGGUCUUGUUGCAGUCAAGAUAAUCCGCAAUAAGAAACGAUUCCACCAGCAAGCCUUGAUCGAAGUCAACCUUCUUCAGAAACUGAAAGAGUGGGACCCUCAGCGUCGGCAUAACGUGGUCAACUUCACCCAAAGCUUUUAUUUUCGCGGCCAUCUUUGCAUCUCCACUGAGUUGUUGGGAAUGAACUUGUACGAAUUCAUCAAAGCUCACGAUUUCAAGGGCUUCUCUCUCAAGCUCAUCCGCCGCUUCACUAAACAAAUGCUGAACACUUUGGUGCUAUUGCAGGCGAAGAAGGUCAUUCAUUGUGAUCUGAAGCCGGAGAACAUCUUGCUGUGUCACCCAUUGAGCUCUGACAUUCGGGUCAUUGAUUUCGGCUCCAGUUGCUUCGAGAAUGAGAAAGUGUAUACAUAUAUCCAGAGUCGAUUCUACCGUUCUCCCGAAGUCAUUCUUGGCAUGUCAUACGGUAUGCCCAUUGACAUGUGGAGCGUAGGGUGCAUUCUUGCCGAGCUGUUUACUGGCUACCCUAUCUUCCCAGGCGAAAAUGAGCAGGAACAGCUUGCCUGCAUAAUGGAGGUGUUCGGACCUCCGGAGAAGCAUUUGAUCGAGAAGAGUACUCGCAAGAAGCUAUUCUUUGACUCGUUGGGCAAACCGAGGCUUACGGUUUCUUCGAAGGGCCGAAGGCGUCGUCCCAGCUCCAAGGAGCUCCGGCAGGUCCUCAAGUGUGACGAUGAAGCCUUCCUUGACUUUAUAUCCCGCUGCCUUCGGUGGGAUCCUGCUCGUCGGAUGAGUCCACAAGACGCGCUUCGUCACGAGUUCAUCACCGGUAUCAAGCUGGCUUCGCGUCCGAGGCAAUAUACUUUGACGAACAAUUCUCCAGCCAAAAGGGUGAUCUCUUCCAACCCGUCCCUAGGGCGUCCUCUUCCAGAGCCACCUGUGGCCGGGCUGAAAGGCGGCACUCUCGCCCGCACUCGAGACGCCUCGGGCACCUCCCCGGUCAAGCCCGCUGGCAAGCGUCACUCGACUGUGAGCGGAAUUCCACCGUCGACGCCCGCCAAGCGGAACACAAGUAUUAGCACAGGCACUCCUGGGUCCGCUUUACCCCGUGUUGCGGCUAGAAGUAUCAGUGGUAAGCCUGAUCUCGCAACAGCGGCGGCUGUGACCAGCCUGAGGACCAAGUGA